AUGAGCUCCUGGAUGAACGACGCCUCAGCCGCUCUCCCCAACCAUAAUGGCAACGGCUUUACACAUCACGUCAGCGAUCCUUCCCAGUCUUCAGGAGCCAUGAUGGACCCGUCUGCCUAUAUGGCCAAUUCGGGCCAAUUCAAUCCCGCCGCCACCGCGCAGUUCGGUAACCCUCAACAAAUGCUCGCGAUGCAGAACGGGAACAUGCGCAACCAGCCCGGCGGCUUUCCCAACCCCGUGUAUCAAACGAACUCCGUUAUCCCAUCGAAGCGACCUCGACCGCGUGAAGACAGCCUCGCGGGCUCGCCCAGGCCGGCCCCGGGAAUGGCGCCAACUUCUCGCGCUGAGACGCCUCAGCAAAAUCAUUAUGCGAAUUAUCCACCGCAGCAGCAACAACAACAGCCUCAACAACAGCCUCCCCAACAACAGGCGUCACAGCAAUCACAACAACAACAGCAACAAACUACUUCCGGACAACCAUCUCCAUACCCUCAUCUUCAGACCAAUGGGUCGGCUAACGCGACUCCUUCCCCAAUAAUGGCAAACCAAAUGCGACCUGGCAGUGUACCUCAACGAGUGUCAACAGCAUCUCCCCAUCCGUAUUCCCCUGCAGGCCAAAACUUCGGACAUCAACCAUCACCUGCGCCCUCUGAACAAGGCGGAACGCCGCAGCCGAACGCGUACAUGCAGCAAGGGAAUUACCCUCCUGCCUUUAAUCAGCAGUUUGCACCAAGUCCGUCUCAAGCGCGACAUACCCAAAGUCCUAUGGGGGGACAAAUGCCUGGGCAGAUGGGUGGCCCCAUGGGAGGGCAGAUGAUGCCUCAGCCGAUGGGCCACUUACCGCCCCAGGUCGGGCAAAUGUCGCCGCAGCAAAUGAGCCAGAUGGGCAUGAUGGGCCAGAUGCCACCACAAAUGUUUCCAGGUCAGAUGCAACAAAUGAAUCAAAUGCAACAAAUGCAACAUUUUCAACAACUGCAGCAGAUGCCGCAGGCUGCAAGAGACCAACAGAAACUCCUCCAGCAGAUGCAGAUGCAACGUCAAUUCCAGCAGCAGCAGCAGCAGCAUCAGCAGCCACCUAACCAACAUAGACAACCCCAGCCUCAGCAACCCCCGUCACAACAACAACAUCCUCAACAGGUGGCUCAGUCGCCUUCAGCUCAAAAAUCUCCUGUUCCGCCAUCGCCACAGGCUCAACCGCAAGGUGUGCAGAUGUCUCCGCAGAUGGCCGGUCAAAACCGCAAUGUUAUGGCGAGGCAACAACAAAUGCCCAACGGCCAGAUGCCGUCGGGCGCGAUGCGUCCUCAGCCAGGCCAGCCAAUUCCACCUCAGCCUGGCAUGCAACGAGGUCCACCUGGAGCUCCCGAGUUUUUAGAAAAGCUUUCUCAGUUUAUGUCUAAACAAGGGCAGCCGCUUGACCCGAAUCCAAUCAUCGACAACCGACCAAUCAGCCUGUGGAAUCUCAGGCAAGCCGUUGGUAAGCAUGGUGGGUAUCGCAACGUGACGCAGAGCAACCUGUGGCCCAAUGUGUCAAACGCGCUGGGUAUGCAUCCUAUGCAGUUCCAGAUGGCGCCGGCACAACUUCGACAGAUCUAUGAGAGGAACCUGCUUAGGUUUGACGACUACAUGGCUCAAGGCCGCGCAAAGCAAAUGCAACAGGCGCAACAACAGUCACAACAACAUCCAGGUAUGCCUGGUCACGUCCAGACCCCCGGUACACCCACGAAACCCGGUAUGCCCGGGCAGAUGCCGCCAGGCUCAGUCAUGAGCCAGCCGGGUCAGCCACCUCACUUGGUGCAGGGUCAGCCGCCGGCUCCAGGGAAGCAGGGGCAACCGCCCAUCAUGAAUGGUUUCUCAAGCACGGCAGUGCAGCCUCAGCCGCACCCAGCUGCGAUGCAGGGUCACGCGAGGAACAGCCUCUCCCGCAGUAUGCAAGGGACGCCGACCCGUGAUGAUUUCCCAGGGCAAUCCCCUUUGCCAGCCAAAGCCGUGAGAUCCUCACUUUCGGGUCCUUCGCCUCUUGACCCCGGUCCUAAGAGAGAACCUAUUCCAGCCGAAGAUCCUUCUGUUUAUAAGCCCAUCGUGCGACAAUGGAAGGAGAACGAGUACGCAGGCGUUUACUAUGGCGAAUCCUUUGAGCUUGUCACACAACGGUUGAGAGAGCUCCGGCCAGAUAUUCCGCCUCUAGCCGCCCUUGGCAACAUUGAUUUGCAUGCUCUUUGCAGAAGCCUCCAGUCUGGCAUCCGUGCCGAGGUCCGUGUGGCACUUGAUACAAUCGCCACAUUCACCGCCAGCGAAGCCCGCCAAUUUCAAGUUGACCUUAAUCAGGCUGGCGAGCUCAUUGAAUGCUUAUUGGAAUGUGCCGAAGAUCAACUUGAUGUCCUGGUCGACAACACUGUAGAGGUCUCUGACGAGAUCCUAAUCACCAAUUACGAGGAUGUCAUCCGUGCAUGCCACUUCGAGAACUCAACUAUGCACGAUGAGCCUACGCCGGGGUCAGAGGAAUACGAGCUGGACCGAGCUGUUGACCGCUUGUUGUGUAUUACUACAAUCAUUCGCAACAUGUCUUUUGGGAUCGUCGAGCAGGACGAAGUUCGUACCCGGUCAGUCCUUGCUGAGGAAGAAGUAGUUAAAUUCUUGUGCACCCUGAUACGAUAUCUCGGUACCAGGAACAUGUUACUUCGGACUCACCGCAAUACCCUCGACUUGAUGAAGGAUGUCGUAACUAUCCUUUCCAACAUAUCGACUUGCGUCGAAAUCUCGGAAAGAGAACACGCAUACUGUUUCCUUCAGUUUGCUCUAGCGUUUGCGCCUGCGCCUGCGCCUAAUCUCACCGCCGAUUACCUUCACUUCCCGCCCUACAACCCUAAGCUUCACACAUAUCUACCGGUGGCCAUCGAAGCCUUUUCGAAGCUUCUAGUCAGCAAAGAGCAGAACAGAAGUCAUUUCGCAGCUAUUCUGGCUGGAGACAUGUCUCAAUCAGUGCCAUAUGAGCUCUUGACCCGUUGCUUUGGCCUGGCUAUCUCAUUGAUACCCGAGCAAAGCCUUGAUGUCAAUAGGGCACCGGUUCCCGAGGCGCGAAAGCCUGCGUUGAUGCAAGGUCUGCUAGUAGCGCAAACCAUCCUCAGCCUUGCGCCUAGUCAUGAUUCAGAAGUUGUUCGAGCAUGGCUGUCGAGUGGGUGCGACUUUGUCCAGAAUCUCCACAGGCUCACGUGGCACAUGUGCCAGCAGUUUGAAUAUAUCAAAGAGAAAGUUCAUCAACAGCCGAGGACUGGCCAUGGUCGCAACCGGGGACCCCCUCCACUACCACACCAAGCAUACGACUGUCUGUAUCUGGCCGCUUUGAGUUCAUCGAUAUUAAGACGUCUUGCCGAGAAGGCAAGAGAUCCAGCCGAUCCGCAGGGGUCCAUACCGCCCAAAGUCGUGCCGAGCAACGACUUGGUCUGUGAACUACUCAAGCUUCCUUCGGAAGAAUGGACAAAACCUGAUGUUCGUGUUUUGCAACAACUUGUUGCGGCGGCCUCUUUGGAUGAUUGA